CCAACGCAACUUACUUCCGAUUGACAUUCAGCUCGAAGCCCUCUUUUCUUAGACGGACCAUUUCAUUCACUUUAACAUAGCAGUGUCUUUGCAUUCAACACGAUCUUUUUUUUUAUAUACAUCCAUCAUCAUGAGCGCUCCUUCACUCGCCGCACCAGGACAAUUAUUCGAGAUCGAGAUCCCGGUCGAAUCUUCCGUCAUUCCAUCAGUCACUACUCCUCAAUCUUGUGAAAAAAGCAAGGCGGGUUCGGACAGUCAUUUCAAACGCUCGGUUCUAUUUUUUGUUCCUGAAAGUGUCCAAGGAAAACAGAAUGUGCCCCUCUUAAUAGCCUUCCAUGGCUCUACGGAAACUGGGCCCAUCUUCCGCAAUAGGACAACUGCAAUGGGGUACGAUAAAUUGGCGGCCGAGUUGGGAUUCAUUGUAGCCUAUCCUAGCGGCUAUAAGGGAAACUGGAAUGACUCACGGAAAGCGGCGUCCUAUCCGGCCAAGCUGGAGAACAUAGACGACGUCGGCUUCACAAAGUCAAUCAUACAAUACUCCUCCAAGGAAUGGUCCACUUGUCCGCGACGCACGCUAAUUGCGGGUUAUUCCAACGGCGGUCACAUGUGCUAUCGUCUUGCACUCGAACUCGGUUCGGCCUACAUUGCCGGAGUGGCUAUACACUGUGCCAACCUCCCGACAGAAGAUAAUUCGGAUUGCGCCACCCUGAUUGGGGACGCUGUGCCCAUUUGCAUCGUUAAUGGUACCGCCGACCCCGUCAAUCCAUGGGGUGGUGGUGAGGUUAGUCUUAGCCAUGGACCCGUUGCCGGAGGGUCAGUUGGUUCGCGAGGGUCGCACCGAAGUGCUCUUGAAACUGCAGACUAUUUCGCCGGAAGGUUCUUGGAGAAGGGCAUCGAGCUUGAAUUGGAACAAAUUGAGGAUAUGGACGAGGUUCAAGAUGUCCACCAGUUCCUCAACCCACGCACCGGGAGGGCCUUGGUCAAGUUGCUGGCGAUGAUCGGCGAAGGACACUACGUUCCGGUUGCUAGUGGUGAAAAGAAAGCCCUGGUCAUCGGCCCUCGCCGAGGGGCGGUUCAUGCACCCCGUGAAGUGCUUCGCUUUUUCGUGGAAAACACCUCGUGCUUUGAGAGCUUGAUGAACCCACUACAUGUUUGAAUACCCAGUGAUCAGGGUCCAGAAUCCAGAUCCUCAUACUCAUUCGCAUCAAUGAACAUUGUUUUCCUUUCAUUCCCUCAUCGACAUUUUAUUUUGUAAACUUCACUUCAUUCCCGAGAUAAUUAGUUUAUACAUAGUCGUUAAACUACAGACAC